AUGCCAAACUCAAUACCUAGCGACACAAUAGCGCGUAUAUUUCAGACCUGCUCAUUCAAGGAUGACUCAACACGAAUUACUGAAAGCACCUUGUCUCUAGUUGAUGCAUACCUGGAGGUAUUUGUUCGCGAGGCACUUCUGCGGUCAAUUGAGAAUAAGGAGCAAGUCAAAAGCGAGCACCAAGACCAGCUGGGAGAUCAGGUUGUCCUAACUCAUAAAGAUUUGGAGAGAGUAUCCGGUUUGCUGCUUUUAGAUAUGUAG